ACCCAAUCUGGGCUUCUCCGUCAGCAGCCGAUGCUUUAAAAACGGCAACUCGCAUUUCCCUUCUCUUCUAGCCGUUGGCACUUGGCAGCGACUUCGCCUCUCUUCCCUUCCCUUCCCCCCUCUCGGCGUCCGCGCCCAGGCCGCAUCUUAAUUACCAGUAUACUAGUAGAGCAGAAGCAUCCUAAGCAAGCAGCAAUUAUUGUCCCCUAGGAUUUGCAGCUCGCGCUGCCGCACAGUGAGAGAUCGAGGGGGGAGGAGGAGGAUGAGAGGGCUCAGAUCGCGGAUCCUCCGAACCUUGCAGUCCUUCCCCAAUGCGGCCGCCGCCGCCGCCGUGCAAUCCAACAUCCUCCUCCUUCCGCCUCCCGAUGCCUUCACCACCUCGUCGCCGCCCGAGAAGUGCCGACUCCAGGAACACGCGCCGUCCCCGAUGGCGGCGGGAGCGGAUCAGGCCGUGCCCGAGCUGCCCACGGUCUCCGACGGCGACGACGACGACAAGGAGAACGUCUCGCCCGAGGCCAACCCGCGGAAGGCCAAGAAGAUGAAGGUGAGCUCGGACCAUUGCGACCAUGAUGGGAGCGCGGUGGUGGAUCCCGGCCUGGCGGCGGCUGCCAGUGCCAAAUGCUACCGCCGCCCGGACCUCGCGUCGGCGACCCUCUUCGAUCCGGACCUCCUCGCCGAGUUCCGCGGCGUCGUCGACGCCUACGCCCGUGCCUUCGAGAAGACCAAGCGAAGCCAUGACGAAGAAGGCGAUGACGACGCCGUGCUGCUAGACGGCAUGGAUCCCUUGGCGGGGUUCGAGAGCCGGUGCCCGCCGGGCGGCGAGCGGGCCGUGGUGCUCUACACCACGUCACUGCGCGGGGUGCGCAAGACCUUCGAGGACUGCGCCACCGUGCGCCGGCUCCUGGACGGCCUCCGCGUCGCCUUCCUGGAGCGCGACGUCUCCAUGCACGCCCCCUACCGGGACGAGCUCCGCGCGCUGCUGCUGCCGCCCGACAGCGCCGCCAUGGCCAUGCCCCUCCCGCCGCGGCUGUUCGUGGACGGGCGGUACGUCGGCGGCGCCGACGAGGUGGUGGCGCUGCACGAGCGAUCGGGGCUCCGGCCGAUGCUCCGUGGCGCCCCGCGCCGCGCCGCGGGCGAGGCGGCGUGCGCGGUGUGCGGCGGCGACUGGUUCGUCGUGUGCGGCGGGUGCAGCGGCCGUCAUUGGCUCUAUGACGACGGCGGCGGCGGCGGCUCGGCCAACCGCGUGCCGUGCCCUGGGUGCAACGAGAACGGGCUCGUGCCCUGCCCGCUCUGCAGCUGAGGCCAUUCCUCUGGCCGUCGCAUGUAAAUCACCUUUUGUUGUGUUAAUUAGCAAGGAAGGAGGCUGCUCUGCAACGGAAUUCCUUUGCGAAUUGAGAUUCUUUCGCCAUGUUGUAUUAUAAUUUUAUCUAUAAUGUGUAGUUCUUGGAGGGGCUACACAGCGGUGCGCCAUUGUUGCUGCUGGAGCCUGGAGAAGGGUUCAUUUUUUAGGCUUGUCUGUGUUCAUUCAUUCACCCUGCAAAAUGUGGAAUGAAAUAGACCAAUCGGUGCAGCUUCUGACGAGGUUGCUGUCCGAGGUAACAUCUGACUGUUGUACUCAGGAGUCAGGUCUCCCCCCAUCUGUCGUUCUGAACUCUCAGGCCAAAAUGCCUUUUCCACUGUGAA